UAAGUCAUAAUUGGAUAGAUACUGCUUUCUCCGUCGUCCAUUCUUUUCUAUCUUACCUUCUCUGCCUCACUCUCCCAUGGCUUCCUCCGCACCUUCUGCUUCUCUCAUCUCCUCAAACCCUAACAUUCUCUUCUCUCCCAAAUUCCCUUCUUCUUCUUCCUUUUCUUCCCUCUCCUUCCCCAAUUCCUCCAAUUCCAUUUUCAAACCUUUACGCACUUCUCUUAAUCCUUCAUCUCCCGCUCUCAAACCCCUCGUUGCCAGGGCUUCGAGUGAACUUCCGUUAGUUGGGAACACAGCACCGGAUUUUGAAGCAGAGGCUGUUUUUGAUCAGGAGUUCAUCAAGGUCAAACUAUCUGAAUAUAUUGGGAAAAAAUAUGUUAUCCUCUUUUUCUACCCAUUGGAUUUCACAUUCGUUUGCCCGACAGAAAUCACCGCCUUCAGUGACCGGCAUGCAGAGUUUGAGGAACUAAACACAGAGAUUUUGGGUGUUUCAGUUGACAGUGUGUUUUCACACCUUGCAUGGGUUCAAACUGAUAGAAAGUCGGGUGGUCUUGGCGACCUGAAGUAUCCUUUGAUUUCUGAUGUCACCAAAUCUAUCUCGAAAUCUUAUGGUGUUCUCAUUCCCGAUCAGGGGAUUGCAUUGAGAGGAUUGUUCAUUAUUGACAAGGAAGGGGUUAUCCAGCAUUCUACCAUUAACAACCUGGCCAUUGGUAGAAGUGUUGAUGAGACAAAGAGAACACUCCAGGCCUUGCAGUAUGUGCAGGAGAACCCAGAUGAAGUUUGCCCAGCUGGGUGGAAGCCUGGUGAGAAGUCCAUGAAACCAGACCCUAAACUUAGCAAAGAGUACUUCUCUGCUAUUUAGGGAGGAUGACAGUUUAAGGCUAUCAAUUGCUCAUCUUUAUCAAUCAAUGGUAAUCUGUAUUAUGCAACGCAAGUUUAUAAAGUUUUGAUGGACAGGGUCUGUUUCAUGAUUAUAUAAAGGCAUACAAUUCAAUGAUUUUAUUAUGUAUCAAUUUUGACCAUUACGUCGGUUUAUGAUGUAUGGAGCAAAAAGUGUCUUGAUUUUGUAGUCUUUAUUAUGGGAUUUCCCCGUUCAAAAGUAUGAGUCUUCCAUUCAA